AUGGAUCCCUUAGCUAGUCCAUCGGCAACAGAGAGCCAACCAACAACAGACACCACCCAAUUAGCAACCGCAGAACGUCCAACGAAGCAUACAAACGUUUACAAUGACUUGAAGAAACAACCUAAUAGAGCGCAACGGAAUAUUGACGAACUCUUCCAAAGGCAAAUCGUAUUUGAUAACGAUAGGUUUAACGUUCUGUCGGCUGAGUGGGUGGCCGAUGAUGAUCAAGCCUUUACUUCUGUGGAAUCCCCUUUUUUUCAAGAAGCUGAUUUCCUAUAUCAAUGCUUUUGGGUCCAUACCAUCUGCGGUUACUAUUCGUAA